AUGUCGAACAGACAAGCUUUUCGUACUUCUGGAGGAUAUUAUUUUCCAAACAGCUUCUAUGGCUCACCUUCAAGUCAUACUUCGUACGUCGGUUACGCACCGUUACAAAAAUUUGGCAACCUACCGCCAGUAUAUGGACCUGGCUCAGUAGGAAUGAAUGUUUACCAGCUAACUCGUGGUAUGCCGUCUUUAUACAGAAGUGGACCGGCGAAGCCUAAUUUCCUUCCGUUGGCUCAGAAUACUCAACUGCUAUACAGGCCCGGGUUUACAAUAACGAAUCCUUACCAGCAAGCUCAAAAUACACUUUCUUCCUAUGAAUUCAGACCUGCAAGAACUUUACCACUACUAGAGACUGAAAAUACUGUUGUAUACAGACGAAGAUAUCUCUCUAACCCCUCAAAUUCUAUACCAGACCUCUCACAAGGACGUUAUGACAAAGUUCCUCCCCAAAACUACGUGCGUCAAAUAGGUCUCCAAAAAGCAACAUUUUUGCCGCUUCAAUCGCGAUUGGCUUUACAAGUUGUGAAAUUUAGCCGGAAGGCGAAUGAUGCAAAUGACGCUAACGAAGCUAAUGACGUUAGAGAAGUAAAUAAUUUCGCUGCUAAAAGAUCGCCGUCUGUGAGGCGAGAAGUUUUCAAAUUUUGA